CCUCUCUCCUCCUGCAGCCGGGAGGCGGACCACAGCGGCAGCAGCAGUUUGGAAACAUCGAAACAGGGAAGUGGUUUUCACACUGAGGAGCCGGAGAUGUUCAGCUGGGUCAAACAGGAGCAGGGCGGCCGCAACAAGGAGGGGGAGAUGUACCAGACGGUGACCGAGGGUCUGCAGACUCUCUACACCAAGAAGCUGCUUCCUCUGGAGGAAACCUACCUCUUCCAUGACUUUCACUCCCCGGCGCUGGAGGCCGCCGACUUCCAGAGCAAGCCCAUGGUGCUGCUGGUCGGACAGUACUCCACCGGAAAGACCACCUUCAUCAGGUAUCUGCUGGAGCAGGAUUUUCCCGGGAUGCGGAUCGGCCCCGAGCCGACCACCGAUGGCUUCAUUGCUGUGAUGUACGGGGAGAAUGAAGGCGUCGUCCCUGGCAACGCUCUGGUGGUGGACCCCAAGAAGCCCUUCAGGAAACUCAACGCAUUUGGGAACUCGUUCCUCAACAGGUUUAUCUGUUCUCAGAUGCCCAACCAGGUACUUCAGAGCAUCAGCAUCAUCGACACGCCGGGCAUCCUCUCAGGAGAGAAACAGAGAAUCAGCAGAGGUUAUGACUUCGCUGAGGUCCUGCGUUGGUUCGGAGAGCGAGUGGACCGGAUCAUCCUGCUGUUCGACGCGCACAAACUGGACAUCUCGGACGAGUUCUCCGAGGCCAUCAGAGCCUUCAAAGGCCAGGACGACAAGAUCCGCGUGGUCCUCAACAAGGCCGACCAGGUUGACACGCAGCAGCUGAUGAGGGUGUACGGCGCCCUCAUGUGGUCGCUGGGGAAGGUGAUCAACACUCCAGAGGUGGUUCGAGUUUAUCUGGGAUCCUUCUGGGCCAAACCGCUGCAGAACACUGAGAACCGUCGCCUGUUCGAGGCGGAGUCUCAGGACCUUUUCCGGGACAUCCAGAGUCUGCCCAGGAACGCCGCUCUGCGGAAACUCAACGACCUGAUAAAGAGAGCGCGGCUCGCCAAGGUGCACGCGUACAUCAUCAGCUACCUGAAGAAGGAGAUGCCGUCUCUGUUCGGCCGGGAGAAGAAGAAGGAAGAGCUGAUCAUGAGGCUGCCAGAGAUCUACACCAUCCUGCAGAGGGAGCAUCACAUCAGCCCCGGAGACUUCCCCAACGUGGCCAAGAUGCAGGAUAUGUUGCAGCACUACGACUUCAGUAAGUUUCCCUCUCUGAAGAUGAAGCUGAUCGAGUCCGUGGACAAGAUGCUCGCCAACAAGAUCGCCGUCCUCAUGGCGAUGAUCCGGGAGGAGGAGUCCAAGCAGCCGCCGGCGAUGGUAUCGGGCGGGGCGUUCGAGGGCUCCCAGGACGGCCCCUUCGGUCAGGGCUACGGCGAGGGCAUCAGCGCCGGCGCCGACGCCGACGACUGGAUCGUGAGCCGCGACAAGCACCGCUACGACGAGCUCUUCUACACGCUGAUGCCCGUCAACGGAAAGAUCACCGGCGUCAACGCCAAGAAGGAGAUGAUGAGCUCGCGGUUGCCCAACACCGUGCUGGGGAAGAUCUGGAAGCUCGCCGACUGCGACCGCGACGGCAUGCUGGACGACGAGGAGUUCGCGCUGGCUCAGCACCUCAUCAAGGUGAAGCUGGAGGGCUACGAGCUGCCCACCGAGCUGCCCCCCCACCUCGUGCCGCCCGCCCACCGCAAGAACCCCACCGCCGACGCCCUGUACAACAACACCGAGGACUAGGAGGCCUCGCAGAGACUGACCGAGGCCAGAGGAGGCCCGGGGGUUUGUGAACAGACAGACUGAGCUUUUUCCAAAAAAAAAUGACCAAUCACGUGACUGCGCUCUAAUCCUGCACAUUUCUUUUAGUAAGAUUUUAUAGAAAAUGAGCUUCUGAGUUGAUGAAACCAAAGAAGACAAGCCCAGCGUGCCUCUUCUACUCCAUAGGAAGCCUUAUUCCUUCCAGUUUUCUGCCUUCACUCUGAACUGUUUUCAGUCUUUUGUAAAGUCUUCCAAGAAAAAAAAAAAAAAAAAUUCAGUGUGUCACAUUCACCCGGCUCUCUAACCACAAACUCUACAGUUUUAAUCAGCUCGAACUUUCCAUAUCUUCCAUUGGGGCGGUUGUUUAUUUCCUGUCCAGGGAAUGACACAACCUGCCCUCCUCUGAGUCUGAUCUGCUUGUUCUGACCUUCUUUUCCAUCUCAAUGUGAACCAGUUGGCGACGCAGCUUACGCAACGCAGGUCUGGUCUGAAAUGUGUGUAAAUUUACUUGUACAAACGGGUCAGAGACCAAUUGAAGACAAGACUUUACUGAGCCUAAAAUGUUUUUAAACCAUUUUAAAAAAUGGUGAAAAGCCUUAAUACUCAUUAACUAAAAUAAGUCUAAAUCAAAUCCUGCAUUUCAUUAAAAUCCGACUGAAAUCAGUCAAAAACCUCUACGCCUGCAAGAAACACGAAGCAGCUGAUUCAAACUAGCAUAAAGAAUAAUAGACAUAAAAAAAAUCACCCAGUUUCUUAGAUGAGUUAAAAACUGUUCAAAAUUGAGUGUAAUGGUUUAAAAUUCCCUUGAGCAAGGCUCUUAAGAUCUUCCUCGAUCUGUGUCCUCACACGUCAAAGCUUUAACCUCCCUGCCUUCCUUUGAAACUUCCAGCCUUCACUUUGUCGUGCCUGUUCGAUGUUUCAGAACUCUAAACAUCUUUCCAGCUUGCCUUGUUGCUUCAGGGUUUUUGUUCCUAUGACGGGAUGAACGUCAUUCUCGAGGAUUCAGUGCCUUCAGUACGCUAACAGACCUUCGUCUCAACAACCCGUUGCGACUUAUCAUCACUAUUAUGGCUAAUUAUUUUUUCUGCAACUCACUGGAACAGUUGUAUGUCGCCCUCUAGCGGUCAUCAUAUUUAUGACACCAGCAUUGUAGACGGAAGUGAUUUUCAGUGUGCUUUUUCCAGAAAAUGUCACAGCAUUCCAUGUUUUUUUGUUUUAUUUCUUUUUGUGGACUUUUAUUGUAUCAUCCUGAUUCAGUGGCUUCAGUUCAGACUUGUAGGACUUUAUUAGCUUCAUAGAUAUGGCGUCGUAAAUCCACCUCCACCAGCAGGGUGGCCUCCAGUUAGUGUUAUUAAUGCAGUGGAGCUGAUUGUUUAUGUGGCCAGUUUAAUGGAGUCUCUCAUAUUUUCUGACUAGUCGAGACCAUCACACUAACGUUUACCUUCUGUAGUUCCAUUGAAAUUAGCUAGACGGUCCCGAAGCCUUCUCUUUUUGUUCACCUGGAACAAAAAGUUUAGGUUUGAAAAUUAAGAAUUUUUUUUUUUUUUGAAUUUAACUUUCAAAUGUAGCACAUAGCAGCGUGUUUGUCACUAUCGCCACGGUAACCAUGGAGUCUAAAUCUUUUUAAUAGUUCCUGUUGUGAAAGUUUCAUUUUUUUGUUUGAAAGAAUCAACGGGCCUCAGGACAAAUGUCACUUUAGGUGACACUUCUUUUUUCAACUUCUUUCUUUGAUCAGCAAAGUGUGAUAAAUAUGAUAAAAAAGCCCAAUAAUCCAAUUAGAAUGAGGAGGAAAUCCAUUUGUAAGUGUUCUGAAUCCAACGUUUAUUACUAAGAAAAUAACUUAUUUUAAGU